AUGCUGGGCGAGAGUGCAUCCGAAUCAAGCAAGAGAAUUUCUGACCGAAGUGUCGUCUUCUCGUACUACGAAUUUCUAGGGUUACAGGGUCUUCCCAAAUUGCUUUCAGCGGACGUCAAAUAUCUCGAAUCUAAGGGGUGUUUCCGGGUUCCCAGCGAUAAUUAUCUGGACGAUUUCAUGCAGAUGUAUUUUCUCCACGUCCACCCCUUCAUGCCAAUUCUCAACGAAGGAGACUUCUGGAACUCAUAUGGGCAGAAGGACAACAUGCUUGGUGCCUCCAAGGUCUCCCUCUUGGUCCUCCAAGCCAUGCUGUUUGCUGCGUCCGCAUUUGUUCCCCUGCGCACAUUACGAGCCUGUGGUUUCAGAGACUCUCAUGAGGCCCGGGAAAUGCUCCACCAGCGUGCUGCUCUACUCUAUCAGUUUCAAUCAGAAUCAAACUUAUCCUCCAUAGCGCAGGCAUCCCUGUUGUUGUCGCUCCAAUCGUCCGCCCGUGAUGUUCAUAACAAUACGUCAUUCUUGUCCAUCGCCAUUCAAUGCGCUCGUUUGGACCGUGCCCACCUCUACAGUGUACUUCCCCAGAUGAGCGCACGAGAACGACAGGAUAAAAAGAGACUGUGGUGGUGUUGCCUUGUACGUGACCGAGUCAUUGCGCUUGGGGUGCGCCGGCCACUUCAGAUCACCCCGGACCAAUUUGAUCAGCAUAGGGAACCUUUCGCAGAGGAAGAUUUAGAAUGCGAGGUUGGACGAUCUAGGGUUUAUGAUUCGGAAUCCAAGCGGUCGCUCAUUAAGAUCUUCGUUACGCAGUGUGAACUGGCAGCCGCGCUCACAUCAACCAUCAUGGCUAUCUAUCCGCCGGACAGUGUUCUCAUGUCUCUGCCACACGCGAGCCCAGAUCUGGCGGGGCUGUCCGGCAGGAUAAAAAGUUGUAGACAGGACCUCAAUACGUGGUCCGAUGCUGCAGAGGCACGAUUAAAACACAACUCUGGAAAGGACGUUCUGGGUGUUAACUUUGUGACGCUGUACGCAGAUCUGUUGCAGAUAUAUUACCAUACUGCCCGGAUGGCGCUGUGCCAUUUCAUUAUCUAUACUUCCAGCACGUGCUAUGCUCGCAACGCAGACUGGACGAUGCAGUUGAAUAUCAGCGAGGGUGAUCUCAAGUCAGCCUACGCCGGCCUACAAGAUGUUUUCAAGAGGCUGGUGAAAUCCAACCUCGCUGGCUAUCUUCCGAUUAGCGCAUCCGCGUAUACGGCACUACCUCUGCUAUUGGCCUCUCUCGACGUCUGCCUGUCAACAUCGGAGUACCAGAAGAAAAGGCAUAUGCGAGACCUCUCACAGUGGGCAGAGGCCAUGCGACAAUACGAACGCCGUUUCAGAUUCGCCAAAUUUGUUUCUGAGAUAGUUCGUAAAGUUCUUCAGUUUGUGAACUACGCAUCAUCGUCAAGGGCUCCUUGGUCCCCAGUCGACAAUAUAUCCGGAUUGACCGCAUCUACACCAAACCACCUACCUCGAAACUGGAGUGAAAUUCAUGCGCAGAAUCCGCAGCUAUAUUUCAAGCUCUUGUUCUCGCUGGACCAUUCCCUAUCUUACGGGAAAAUGCCGUCUUUAGGUGAACUUCCUGAUUGGUCUCUUGCGCAACGCAGUCCCCGGCGAGAUAAGUCACUGGACGCUACAGGAUGGGCAAACGGAGAUCUGGAUUUGAACUCUUCAGCAAUGUUGGGUACUUUUUCUCCGGGUGUACUAGAGCGAAGCGUCCCUUUUGACUGCUCAUCAAACGAGCAGUGGGAAACUGUCCUUUCGAUUCCGAGAUUAUCGCCACCUCCCUAUCUCCAGCCGUCUCAACCGCCUGAGCAUGAGGAUGUUGUGGCCGGAUCCCAAACAAAUCUUGCUUCCGUGCGCUCUGAGCCCCAGGCAUAUCACAAUGACAACGAAGUGGAUGCCGGUGACGACCAAUCAAUGUUCGACACACUUUCCUUCCUUCUCCAGUAUUCAUGCCCCUCUAUUGGAUAG